CCCCACAUUACCUCACCCGAUAAGGAAACAAGCAGGGAGAAACAGAGAGAGAGAGAGAGAGAGAGAGAGGAGAGAGGGAGAGAGAGAGAGGGUCAGACUUGGAGGAAUGGAGACGCGGCCAGUGACUAUGGCGUUUUCACCACUUGUUUGGAGGUCUGAGCAGAACCGGGGUAUCACAGAGGUCUGGUGAACUUUGAAAGGAAGCCUACAGGUGCUUGCAUAGAGCAGUCCUUGUUAGAUGCAUAACAAAUUAUCACAGAAAAGGAUUUGAUUAUUUUCUUGAGAGCAGAUGAGCAAUCUCAACUGUUGUUUAGACAGCAUAUUUUUUAUCUUGAUUAGAUUUAUAAGAUGCCUUCAGACUAGAUAGAAAGAUGACCUCAAGCUGUGUGUUCUGUGGUGUAUUCACCAAAGUGCUGAACAGAUGAUAGUUUGACACAGGAAAGCAAACCUUCAUCCAGGCAAUAAAAGAAAACUGAACAAAAGUGAUUGAAGGUCUCAAGUCUUAAGGAGAGUCUGCUACACCACUUCGGCAGCAACCAUGGCGGUUAAUCCUCUGGAAAGUCUCAUGACGAUUGCAGUGAACCACCAGCUGGUCUCCAGCUCCACGGCAGAGCCACAGAGCCGGCAGCCCUGUGCUGCAAGCAACCCAGCAUCUGUGCACAGACAGAGGCAGAGCGUACACAGCAGCCGGGAGCCCAGGAAGUGGGCACAGUCUAUGUGUGGGUCCAAGCCAACCUCUGGUUCCAAUUGUGGGUCUGCCGUCCAGUCCAGGACACUGAGGAAUCAAUACUCCCCAGAAAAUGCAGCACGAGAGAGGAGUCGCGUACGCAACCUGCGACAGGCCUUCCACAGUCUGCAGGCUGCUCUGCCUUCAGUCCCACCUGACACCAAGUUAUCCAAGUUGGAUGUUCUGGUUCUGGCCACCAACUACAUAGCCUACUUAACAGAGACACUGGAUCAGGGAGGGAUUGUGGCCGAGCACACCCUGCCCUCUAGGCCGGGUGGAUACCUGCAUCCUGUUAAGAAGUGGCCCAUGCGUUCCCUGCUCUACUGCGGCAGUGUAGGAGAGCUGCUGUCAGGAGUCACCAAUCAGAUGCCACCACCUGGACAGGAUGAGACACACCCUCUGACACCCACCUUAGAAGCAGACAAAGAGUGAUAAUAGAACAUGUGACAUAACUGUCACCCUGUUUCUUAUCUUUUAUCUCAAAUACCAAUGCAAUUACUAUUGAUGGCAAAAGACACAUCAUAGCAGAGUGUAUAAGAUUUACCUGGAGACAGUUAUAAGUAAGGACAAGAGGCUACUUUCAAACAAAUUGUCAGUUAUAUAUUGCUUACACUGGUUCCCCAAAUACUGUACAUUUACUGAGUACGUUGUCACAGUUUUUGGUUUAUCUUAAUAUGAAGGACAGGACUUAAAUAAACCUACAGCUACAAGGACAGUGGCCAUUUUUAUCUCUGGCUGCUGGCUGCUUUUAUUUCAAAAACUAGUUAAGUUCAAGUUUUGAUUUGUAGUGCAUAUAUGAAUGUAAGGGCACAGAAGCUUGUAAAAAGUAAUGGUUUUCCCUGCCAUCUGGGGACCAUAGAAGGAAGACACAAAGAUUUACACACACAGCACAGAGAGACUUAGAUUUACCUCUGUUGAAACUAUUCCAUCAUUAUCUGAGCAUUAGACAGCAGGUUGUCAGCAACGGAUUUAAAACAAGGAAAUGAAAAGGCUGCUUCACUUGACUAAUUAUGCCACAAAUCACUACAUGGAGGAACAGUGUGUAACCUAUUAUCUUGAUUUAAAGGUUGUACAAUGUUUUACUUUCACUGUAUGGAAGACUUCAAUCACCUGUGUGCUUUUUACUGGUUACCAUGCCAUGAUUUAAAAAAUGAUCUUUGUUAGAUUCUCCUUCUUUACUUAGAUGUUUGUGGUGUGUGUGUGUGUGUGUGUGUGUGUGUGUCAUUGGCUACUUUUGGGGACAAAUAUCAGACUAAAGACCAGUUAACUGGGGGCAGCUUGUCCAAUUGGGUUCUAAUGCUAUGUCCACAAUGGGCACAGCUAUGUAUUGUCCCCAAAUGUGACUUGGAUCAACAUGUGUGUGUGUGUGUGUGUGUGUGUGUGUGUGUGUGUGGGAGUUAAAGGAUGGACAGACAAAUAAGCAGUGAGGGAGGGAUUGUUAUGGGAACACAGCAGCUGUCAACUAUUUUUUAUCUUUGCAGUAAUGACCACUGAGUUCUCGUUACAAGUCUGCCACAGAAUGUAACCUUUUACUUUGAGUAAAACACUGUCUAUAACAACAGAGUGUGUAUUGGUUAUUGC